AUGCCUCCUAAGAGGGGCGGCGAUGCUCCUAUGAGUGAGUUCGAGCGAAAACGCUUAGCAAACAUAGAGGCAAAUAAGAAGGUUCUCAAUGAAGUCGCGGUCAUCGCUAAGAGAGUUGCACCGACGCCGCCAAAACGAACCAUCCCUUCGCGACCCAGAACCCGAACGCCUAUUAAACGAGAGGCAGCGAAGCCAACUCGGCAAAGCUCACGCCUGGCAGGUAUCGACGCCGACAAUGACACGCUCAAGAGGAAGCUUGAGGUCGAAGCAGAGGUUGUAGCUCAGGAAGCAAAGGCUAAAAAGUUGCGAGUAAACGGCGACCUCAAUCUGGGCGACAUCUAUAUCGAAGGCAAGAAGUGGUCGGCCGGAGCGGACGGGAUCAAGGGUCUUUUCCGCGGCGCGCAACCCGGUGUGCGAACUUUCACCGAGGACGAUGUAAAAGCAACGACAGACAAGGGGCUAAAGGAGCUCCGUGAGCGGAUAGGUGACCUCAAACUAUACGAACAUUGGGCACCAAAUGAAAUUAAGAUCACUCCUCAGCGAGUAUAUGCCCUCGGCUUUCACCCGAGCGAAGAUAAGCCUCUUGUCUUUGCUGGUGACAAGGAGGGUAACAUGGGCAUCUUCGACGCUUCGCAGACUGCCCCAGAAAUUGAUGAGGAAGACGACGAUGCGGUGAUACCAGACCCUGUUAUUUCUGCCUUCAAAACACAUAGUCGCACCAUCUCCUCUAUUGUGUUCCCUUAUAGCGAUGCGAACUCGGUCUAUACAUCCAGCUACGACUCUUCUAUCCGAAAACUCGAUCUGAACAAGGAGACCUCUGUGCAAGUGUGGGCGCCGUCGGAUCCCGAUGACGAGAUGCCUCUUUCUGCGCUCGACAUGGCCGACUCGAAGCCUAACAUGCUUUACUUCUCUACUCUUGACGGCUCUAUUGGCCAGUACGACACUCGCACCAAAGACGCCGAACUAUGGGCAAUGUCAGGGCAGAAAAUUGGUGGAUUUUCUCUUCACCCUCUUCAGCCACAUCUCCUGGCGACCGCCUCUCUAGAUCGCACUCUCAAGAUCUGGGAUAUGCGCAAAAUCACUGGCAAGGGCGACCUGCGACACCCGGCGCUUCUUGGUGAACAUGAGUCUCGACUAUCUGUUUCACACGCCUCUUGGAGCCCUGGCGGACAAAUAGCCACCAGUUCCUACGAUGAUACCGUCAAGAUCUAUGAGUUCUCUGAUGCGUCAUCCUGGAAGACUGGACAGGAUAUCACAGUAGAGCCUACUCACAAGGUUCACCACAACAACCAGACCGGUCGGUGGGUGACCAUUCUAAAGCCUCAAUGGCAGAGACGGCCGCACGAUGGCAUUCAGAAGUUUGUUAUUGGCAACAUGAAUCGCUUCGUCGAUGUGUUUGCUGCGGAUGGUAGUCAACUUGGCCAGCUUGACGGUGACGGCAUUACAGCAGUGCCCGCUGUGGCUCACUUCCAUCCAUCACAGAAUUGGGUUGCUGGAGCGACAUCAAGUGGUAAACUCUGCUUCUGGCAGUAG